AUGUCACAAUCCAACCAAGUCAGUGAGUCAAUCAAAGCCGAAAAUAAACAACCAGAUAAUCAAAAUAUAGAUAAAACACUACAAGCUGUUACUCAGAUCAAAGUUGCACUUAAUUGCGCCGAGAAAAAUAACGAUCUGUUGCAAAAUUUGAUAGAACAACAACACCAAAUUGAGCACAAACUCGAGCACCUUUCUACUGGUUUGAGCAAUAUGCUAGAAGAGACUCGUAUUCUUCAGGUCAAAGUCCAAGCUUUGGAAGUCAGGACGCAUGAUUUUCAUCUUGGAUACUAUAUUACGAUGCUUGUUAUGUUUAUUGCAUAUGUAUUCAAGGCACCGGUGAUUCAAGGAUUUCAAGUUGCUCUGAUUUACGUCAUACACACAUUGGAAACUUGUUUGUUGUUAAUAUAUGCGUAA